GACAUGACAAUGCAUAAUUGGUUUCAUUAGAGGUGUGAACGUUUAACCACAUCUCCACCCAGACAACUUGUGUGAAAGUGAGUACACCUUGUAGAGGUGUGUGUUUCCCCAACACAUAUGAGUCAUAUGGGAGUACAUGUGUACAUAGUUUAGUCUUUUUCAACCAUUUCUUUUGAGUUCCUCCCAGCAAUCUAGAAUGAGGGAGAGGUUUGUUAUUGUUAUGUCACCCUGCCUCCAAUGCAGUGAUGCUGAAGCUUUAUGAGGUAUAUGUGUUUGGCCAGAUCGAGGUUAAACCAGUUUGUCCACUCUUGAAGUGUAUUACUUGCUGCAAUGAGGAUUCCAUAAACAGUAGGAAGAGAACAGAGGUAAACACAGUCUCGUCCUGUGGAAACACUUCAGUGUGGCACAUUAUCACUGCUGAUAUUGAACAAGGAUUUAAAAGCUCAUGGGAUAUAAGGUUUGAGUUUUGGAGGCUUUUCUUCACUAAAUGUUUACAAGUGAAAUGGCUCUUUAUCGAAGAAGCCUUUCGGACAGCCUGCUGUCUGAAGAUGAUAAUGUUUCUGGAGAGAGAUUGGAGUACUCAGACCUGAACUUUCUAGAAGAUAAUGUAAUUGUGGGUUCCAGUGGUCAGUUUGAUCUAAAGAGGAAUAAAGAAAAGAAAAAUGAAGUUGUGGACAUUUUGAAGUUGAUUGAUAAUGACAAGGAGGUGAUGAAGCAUGGUUUGAAAUCCAGCAAGAGCUUGGAAAGUCUGGAUGUCAAAGCUCCAAAUGAGGUGUGGAAAGAUUCAUAUGACAAGCUCUACAAUACUAAAGUCAGGAAAUUCAUGAAAGGAAACAAAGCUGCUAAGGAAUACAGACAUGGCACACAAAAUGGUCCAGUGGCAACCCAAACACUUGACCGCAAAGGCAGGAUAAACGUUGCAGCUUUACUUGAGAAUGCAGAUCGGAAGUGUCUCACUCAAUAUGAAACAGAACCUGACGAGAAAUUGGAUCAUGAAUGGCCUAUGAUCCAUUAUGGUACCAAUGAUUCUACAGGUGAAUACAACUCAGACAUGUUACUACAAGGAUCUGACCUAAUGAGAGGUGCAAAAAUCAAAGGCAACAUUGGAAGUGAUGUUUCAUCACAUCAGUCCAAAAUGAACUUACCAGAUGUUGGAAGUGAAAUCAACCUACGGGGUCGAACAUAUACAGAUUCAAACAUAAAUGUUGAUAUUAGUACGCCAGAUUCAAAUCUUACACUGCCAAAUACCCAAGGAUCUCCAGUAAUGCACCUCACAAAAGGUCAUUUCAAAAGCCCAAAUGCAUUGCUUAAUUCUUCUGAUAUGGAUAUGGAUGUACCAUCAAUUAAUGUCAAGAAGCCAAAAUUUAAAAUGGCAAAGUUUAGCUUCUCUGGAAACAAGAAAACAGACAUCAAUUAUGAUGCAAGUAUGAAGGGGCCAAAAUUAGCAUUAUCAUCCCCUGAAGUAGCUGCAGGUCUUAAUGGUUCUUCUGAUAUACAAAUUGAUGGACCAAAGGCUGAUUUCAAAGGUCUGAAAACAGACCUUCCAGACAUAGACAUGCAUUCUGGAAAACUGAAAACACCCACUUUCAGCAUGCCAGAUUUUGAUCUGUCAGGACCAAAAAUAAAGACACCUGACUAUGAUCUGAAGACCCCUGAAAUGGAUCUGUCAGCUCCAAAGUUUAAGGCAGACUUUGAUUCACGAGACAUCAACAUCAGAGGUCAAAAGCCAGAUAUCACAGCCCCAGAAAUGGAUUUUGAUAUUCCGAAAGGCACAUUUAAAGGACCAAAUUUCAAGAAAACCAAUCCUGAUCUUAAAAUCAAAAGCCCCCAAAUUAAGGGAGGAAUCAAUAGCCCAGACAUGGACCUGAAUCUGCCUCAAUCUGAUUUGAAAGGCCCAAACCUAGAUAUCAAGUCACCCGAUAUUGAUGUUAAUGGCCCUUCAGGAAAAUUUAAUAUGCCAAAGUUAAAGAUGCCCAGUUUUGGCCUUUCAGGUUUGAAAGGGCCACGUAUGAAUGUGGAUGCCGACAUUGAUCAGCCUGACCUUGAUCUGAGUGCAUCAACUCCUACACUAAAUGCAGGAAUAAAUGGUCCUGACAGUGACAUUUAUGGACCUAAUUCUGAUUUCAAAGGUCCGAAAACGGACCUUACACUACCUGACAUGGACAUGCCAUCUGGAAAAAUGAAAAUGCCUACUUUCAAGAUGCCUGAUUUUGGACUCUCAGGACCCAAAAUAAAGACGCCUGACUAUGAUCUGAAGACCCCUGAAAUAGAUUUGUCAGCCCCAAAGUUUAAGGCAGACUUUGAUUCCCCUGACUUCAACAUUAAAGGCUAUAAGACAGAUAUCACAGUACCUGCCACGAAUGUUGAUUUCCCUAAAGGUAAAAUUAAAGGACCUAAUUUAAAGACACCCAGUCUUGACAUGAAUGCACAUGACCUUGACAUAGAUGUCCCUUCAGGUAAACUAAAGCUGCCAAAAUUUGGCAUCUCUGGAAGCAAGACAGUAGGACCUGAUCUUAAAAUCAAAUCUCCAGACCUGAAUCUCAAAAGCCCCCAAAUUAAGGGAGGAAUCGAUACCCCAAACAUGGAUUUGAAUCUGCCUCAAUCUGAUUUGAAAGGCCCAAACCUAGAUAUCAAAUCACCUGAUAUUGAUGUUAAUGGCCCUUCAGGAAAAAUGAAUAUGCCAAAGUUAAAGAUGCCCCGUUUUAACAUGUCAGGUUUGAAAGGGCCACGUAUGAAUGUGGAUGCUGACAUUGAUCAGCCUGACCUUAAUCUGAAUGCAUCAACUCCCAAACUAAAUGCAGGGAUAAAUAGUCCUAACAUUGACAUCCAUGGACCUAAUGCUGAUCUCAAAAGUCCAACAACAGACCUUAAACUUCCUGACAUUCCAUCUGGAAAAAUUAAAGUGCCUACUUUUGAGAUGCCUGAUUUUGGUCUCUCAGGACCCAAUAUGAAGAUGCCUGACUAUGAUCUAAAUACCCCUGAAAUAGAUUUGUCAGCUCCAAAGUUUAAAGCAGACUUUGAUUCCCCAGACAUCAACAUUGGUGGUCAUAAGUCAGAUAUCACAGCACCUGAUCUGAAUGUUGAUUUCCCUAAAGGUAAAAUUAAAGGACCAAAUUUCAAGAAACCCAAUCUUGACAUGAAUGCACCUCGCAUUGACAAGCCUUCUGGAAAAAUGAAAAUGCCCACUUUAAAGAUGCCUAAGUUUGGUACCUCAGGACCGAAAAUAAAGACACCUAACUAUGAUUUGAAGACCCCUGAAAUGGAUUUGUCAACUCCAAAGUUUAAAGCAGACUUUGAUUCCCCAGACAUCAACAUUGGUGGUCAUAAGCCAGAUAUCACAACACCCGAUCUAAAUGUUGAUUUCCCAAAAGGUAAAAUUAAAGGACCAAAUUUCAAGAAACCCAAUCUUGACAUGAAUGCACCUGAUCUCAACAUAAAUUCCCCUUCAGGUAAACUGAAGUUUCCCAAAUUUGGCUUCUCAAGUGGCAAACCAAAAGGCCCAGAUCUUAAAAUCAAAUCUCCAGACCUGAAUCUCAAAAGCCCCAAAAUUAAGGGAGGAAUCGACACACCAGAGAUGGAUCUGACUCUGCCUCAAACUGAUUUUAAAGGCCCAAACUUAGAUGUCAAAUCACUUGAUUUUGAUGUUAAUGGCCCAUCAGGUAAAUUUAAAAUGCCAAACCUAAAUAUGCCCAGUUUUGGCCAGUCUGGUUUGAAAGGGCCACACAUAAAUGUGGAUGCUGACAUUGAUCAGCCUGACCUUAAUCUGAGUGCAUCAACUCCCAAACUAAAAGCAGGAAUAAAUGGUCCUGAUAUUGAUGUACAUGGACCUAAUGUAGAUCUCAGAGGUCCAAAUACUGAUCUUACACUUCCAGACAUUGACAAGCCUUCUGGAAAAAUGAAAAUGCCCACUUUAAAGAUGCCAAAAUUUGGUGCCUCAGGACCAAAAAUAAAGACACCUGACUAUGAUUUGAAGACCCCUGAAAUGGAUUUGUCUGCUCCAAAGUUUAAGGCAGACUUUGAUUCCCCAGAUAUCAACAUUGGUGGUCAUAAGCCAGAUAUCACAGCACCUGAUCUGAAUGUUGGUUUCCCUAAAGGUAAAAUCAAAGGACCAAAUUUCAAGAAACCCAAUCUUGACAUGAAUACACCUGACCUUGACAUAAAUGCCCCUUCAGGUAAACUGAAGUUUCCCAAAUUUGGCUUCCCAAGUGGCAAACCAAAAGGCCCAGAUCUUGAAAUCAAAUCUCCAGACCUGAAUCUCAAAAGCCCCAAAAUUAAGGGAGGAAUCGAUACACCAGACAUGGAUCUGACUCUGCCUCAAACUGAUUUUAAAGGCCCAAACUUAGAUGUCAAAUCACCUGAUUUUGAUGUUAAUGGCCCAUCAGGUAAAUUUAAAAUGCCAAACCUAAAUAUGCCCAGUUUUGGCCAUUCAGGUUUGAAAGGGCCACACAUGAAUGUGGAUGCUGAUAUUGAUCAGCCUGACCUUAAUCUGAGUGCAUCAACUCCCAAACUAAAAGCAGGAAUAAAUGGUCCUGAUAUUGAUGUACAUGGACCUAAUGUAGAUCUCAGAGGUCCAAAUACAGAUCUUAAACUUCCAGACAUUGACAAGCCUUCUGGAAAAAUGAAAAUGCCCACUUUAAAGAUGCCAAAGUUUGGUGCCUCAGGACCAAAAAUAAAGACACCUGACUAUGAUUUGAAGACCCCUGAAAUGGAUUUGUCAGCUCCAAAGUUUAAGGCAGACUUUGAUUCUCCAGAUAUCAACAUUGGUGGUCAUAAGCCAGAUAUCACAGCACCUGAUCUGAAUGUUGAUUUUCCAAAAGGUAAAAUUAAAGGACCAAAUUUCAAGAAACCCAAUCUUGACAUGAAUGCACCUGACCUUGACAUAAAUGCCCCUUCAGGUAAACUGAAGUUUCCCAAAUUUGGCUUCCCAAGUGGCAAACCAAAAGGCCCAGAUCUUAAAAUCAAAUCUCCAGACCUGAAUCUCAAAAGCCCCAAAAUUAAGGGAGGAAUCGAUACACCAGACAUGGAUCUGACUCUGCCUCAAACUGAUUUUAAAGGCCCGAACUUAGAUGUCAAAUCACCUGAUUUUGAUGUUAAUGGCCCAUCAGGUAAAUUUAAAAUGCCAAACUUAAAUAUGCCCAGUUUUGGUCAGUCAGGUUUGAAAGGGCCACACAUGAAUGUGGAUGCUGACUUUGAUCAGCCUGACCUUGAUCUGAGUGCAUCAACUCCCAAACUAAAAGCAGGAAUAAAUGGUCCUGAUAUUGAUGUACAUGGACCUAAUGUAGAUCUCAGAGGUCCAAAUACAGAUCUUACACUUCCAGACAUUGACAAGGCCUCUGGAAAAAUGAAAAUGCCCACUUUAAAGAUGCCAAAGUUUGGUGCCUCAGGACCAAAAAUAAAGACACCUGACUAUGAUUUGAAGACCCCUGAAAUGGAUUUGUCAGCUCCAAAGUUUAAGGCAGACUUUGAUUCCCCAGACAUCAACAUUGGUGGUCAUAAGCCAGAUAUCACAGCACCUGAUCUGAAUGUUGAUUUCCCUAAAGGUAAAAUUAAAGGACCAAAUUUCAAGAAACCCAAUCUUGACAUGAAUGCACCUGACCUUGACAUAAAUGCCCCUUCAGGUAAACUGAAGUUUCCCAAAUUUGGCUUCCCAAGUGGCAAACCAAAAGGCCCAGAUCUUAAAAUCAAAUCUCCAGACCUGAAUCUCAAAAGCCCCAAAAUUAAGGGAGGAAUCGAUACACCAGACAUGGAUCUGACUCUGCCUCAAACUGAUUUUAAAGGCCCGAACUUAGAUGUCAAAUCACCUGAUUUUGAUGUUAAUGGCCCAUCAGGUAAAUUUAAAAUGCCAAACUUAAAUAUGCCCAGUUUUGGUCAGUCAGGUUUGAAAGGGCCACACAUGAAUGUGGAUGCUGACUUUGAUCAGCCUGACCUUGAUCUGAGUGCAUCAACUCCCAAACUAAAAGCAGGAAUAAAUGGUCCUGAUAUUGAUGUACAUGGACCUAAUGUAGAUCUCAGAGGUCCAAAUACAGAUCUUACACUUCCAGACAUUGACAAGGCCUCUGGAAAAAUGAAAAUGCCCACUUUAAAGAUGCCAAAGUUUGGUGCCUCAGGACCAAAAAUAAAGACACCUGACUAUGAUUUGAAGACCCCUGAAAUGGAUUUGUCAGCUCCAAAGUUUAAGGCAGACUUUGAUUCCCCAGACAUCAACAUUGGUGGUCAUAAGCCAGAUAUCACAGCACCUGAUCUGAAUGUUGAUUUCCCUAAAGGUAAAAUUAAAGGACCAAAUUUCAAGAAACCCAAUCUUGACAUGAAUGCACCUCGCAUUGACAAGCCUUCUGGAAAAAUGAAAAUGCCCACUUUAAAGAUGCCUAAGUUUGGUGCCUCAGGGCCAAAAAUAAAGACACCUGACUAUGAUUUGAAGACCCCUGAAAUGGAUUUGUCAGCUCCAACGUUUAAGGCAGACUUUGAUUCCCCAGACAUCAACAUUGGUGGUCAUAAGCCAGAUAUCACAGCACCUGAUCUGAAUGUUGAUUUCCCUAAAGGUAAAAUUAAAGGACCAAAUUUCGAGAAACCCAAUCUUGACAUGAAUGCACCUCGCAUUGACAAGCCUUCUGGAAAAAUGAAAAUGCCCACUUUAAAGAUGCCUAAGUUUGGUGCCUCAGGGCCAAAAAUAAAGACACCUGACUAUGAUUUGAAGACCCCUGAAAUGGAUUUGUCAACUCCAAAGUUUAAGGCAGACUUUGAUUCCCCAGACAUCAACAUUGGUGGUCAUAAACCAGAUAUCACAACACCCGAUCUGAAUGUUGAUUUCCCAAAAGGUAAAAUUAAAGGACCAAAUUUCAAGAAACCCAAUCUUGACAUGAGUGCACCUGAUCUCAACAUAAAUUCCCCUUCAGGUAAACUGAAGUUUCCCAAAUUUGGCUUCUCAAGUGGCAAACCAAAAGGCCCAGAUCUUAAAAUCAAAUCUCCAGACCUGAAUCUCAAAAGCCCCAAAAUUAAGGGAGGAAUCGAUACACCAGACAUGGAUCUGACUCUGCCUCAAACUGAUUUUAAAGGCCCGAACUUAGAUGUCAAAUCACCUGAUUUUGAUGUUAAUGGCCCAUCAGGUAAAUUUAAAAUGCCAAACCUAAAUAUGCCCAGUUUUGGCCUGUCAGGGUUGAAAGGGCCACACAUGAAUGUGGAUACUGACAUUGAUCAGCCUGACCUUGAUCUGAGUGCAUCAACUCCCAAACUAAAAGCAGGAAUAAAUGGUCCUGAUAUUGAUGUACAUGGACCUAAUGUAGAUCUCAGAGGUCCAAAUACAGAUCUUAAACUUCCAGACAUUGACAAGCCUUCUGGAAAAAUGAAAAUGCCCACUUUAAAGAUGCCAAAGUUUGGUGUCUCAGGACCAAAAAUAAAGACACCUGACUAUGAUUUGAAGACCCCUGAAAUUGAUUUGUCAACUCCAAAGUUUAAGGCAGACUUUGAUUCCCCAGAUAUCAACAUUGAUGGUCAUAAGCCAGAUAUCACAGCACCUGAUCUGAAUGUUGAUUUCCCUAAAGGUAAAAUUAAAGGACCAAAUUUCAAGAAACCCAAUCUUGACAUGAGUGCACCUGAUCUCAACAUAGAUUCCCCUUCAGGUAAACUGAAGUUUCCCAAACUUGGCUUCUCAAGUGGCAAACCAAAAGGCCCAGAUCUUAAAAUCAAAUCUCCAGACCUGAAUCUCAAAAGCCCCAAAAUUAAUGGAGGAAUCGAUUCACCAGACAUGGAUCUGACUCUGCCUGAAACUGAUUUUAAAGGCCCGAACUUAGAUGUCAAAUCACCUGAUAUUGAUUUUAAUGGUCCUUCAGGUAAAUUGAACAUGCCAAAGUUAAAGAUGCCCAGUUUUGGCCUGUCAGGUUCGAAAGGACCACAUAUGAAUGUUGAUGCUGACAUUGAUCAGCCAGACCUUAAUCUGAGCACAUCAGCUCCCACACUAAAGGGUGCGAUUAAUCGUCCUGAUAUUGACAUUUAUGGACCCAAUGCUGAUCUUAAAGGUCCAAGAACAGAUCUUACACUUCCAAACAUGCACAUGCCAUCUGGUAAAAUGAAGAUGCCAACUUUAAAGAUGCCUGAUAUUGGUUUCUCAGGACCCAAAAUAAAGACACCUGACUAUGAUCUAAAGACCCCUAAAAUGGAUCUCUCAGCGCCAAAGAUUAAAACUGAUUUUGAUUCCCCAAACUUCAAUAUCAGAGGUCAUAAGCCAGAUAUCACAGCUCCAGAUAUGAGUGUUGAUUUCCCUAAAGGUAAAAUUAAAGGACCAAAUGUCAAGAAACCGGAUUUUGAUGUGAAUGCACCUGACUUUGACAUUGACGCUCCUCCUGGGAAUCUUCAAUUUAGCUCUCCAAAGAUGAAUCUCAAAACCCCCCGAAUUAAAGGAGGAACUGAUAGCCCUGACUUUCAAGGCCUGGGGCCUAAUGUUGAUUUUGGUGCCUAUACUCAAGUACACACUUACAAUUUUGCCGUCCCAAGAGGUCAAAUAGAGUCAGCCAGAACAAACGAUCUUGAUAUCAGAAUACCGUCUCAUCAGAAAUAUGGUGCCUCAGAAUUGAACAUGCAGGACCCCUAUUUCGACUUGAACAGAGACAUGAAAUUUUCAGAUAAAGCCCAGUGGCCUGCAAUGCAAAAACAUCUCUCCGGCUCACCUGAUUUUACAAUGGCUUUACCCACCUCCAAGACCAGAAUCUCUGGUGUACGUCCAACAUCAUCAGAUGUUUACUACAGUGAUAUGUCUGGGGCACUCAGGUCAAGAGAUCAUAAAACAAAAGCAAACAACUUUGGUAUUGAUGACAACUGGAACAAUAUAUCAGUGCCUAGACUUCAAGUUACAAGAAGUAGAGAGAAUUUGGCUGUGAGAAAUUCAAAUAUGGGAAUGAGUACCAUGCAAAGAUCACCCCAUUUGGGAGGUAAUGCAGGUUCUAGGAAAACUCAUAUGGUUCCUGGACGUAAUUACACUACUGAUGACAUAUGCUACACUUAUAAAGGGAUGCCUAGAAGAGAUGGAUGGGGAAAUGGGCAAACUGAACAUAGUCGCAGACAGACAAUGAGACGUCUGCAAAUGCAUGCAAUGGAUCUGGAGGUUCCAGAAAGCACUUUGAAAGGUUCAAAAUUUAGGGCUCUUAAACUAAUAUAGUAGGAAAAUUAAAAGGAAGGUAUGUGAGAGUUUGUUUAAAAAACUUC